CUCACCAAACCGAAAACAAUGGAAUCUCCUUCCACUGCUUAAACCCUCCGCUCGGAGACAGCAGCCUGCAAACGCAGCCAAAACUAUCUGCUUCAAUGUCUAUUUCCCUGAAAUCAACUGUUUGCUUCGUCCACCUCAGAAACCCUGACACCAAUUUUCUCACUCUAUCUUCAUCCCAGAAAUCUUCUAUCUCCUUCAAAAGAUUCACGACUAUGGCGACUCUUACCGCUUCCCCCACCCUUGGUCUAACUGAAACUUUUGCUAAACUGAAGAAACAAGGCAAAAUGGCAUUUAUACCAUAUAUCACAGCUGGUGAUCCUGAUCUUUCAACCACGGCAGAAGCAUUGAAGGUGCUUGAUUCAUGUGGAUCAGACAUAAUUGAACUUGGUGUUCCAUAUUCUGAUCCUCUGGCAGAUGGUCCAGUAAUCCAGGCUGCUGCCACACGAUCCUUGGCAAGGGGAACCAACUUCAAUGUGAUUUUGUCCAUGAUAAAAGAGGUAAGAUUACUCUGCAAUGCUGUAAGUGGCUAGAUGCAACUAUGCUGUAAAAUUUUCUUUUCCAUUCAUCUAGUCCAUUAUAGCUAUGAGAUCCUUAUCAGAUUGUUUUCGAGAGUACUAUUUCAGCUUCUGUACUUUUAUUCUCACCAAGGUAAGGUUAGGUCACUAGUUUUGUCUAUUUUUGCAAAAUUGAUUGUUGAUAAAAUUGUUGCUUGCCUCUUGAAAUGAAGUGUAGUGGUAGUUGCUUAUUCCCUAUUUAGGAUGACUUUUUUCAUCUUGAGCGUAUGUAUU